GACAGCUGUCAAAGUGAAAAUUUUCUUAUCAGUAGCUCGGGACGGGCAGAGUUCUACGUGAUCAAAAUCGCAAUUUUUACUAGGAAAAGUGAGAAUUUCUUGUGCAUUCGCUGCAGCUGUGUGCUGCAGAGUGUUUAAAGAAGCUGAAAUAGUAAAAGUUUUAUCCGCAACUUGGCCGUACCUAAAGAUAAACAGGAGAGUUCAUUGUACAGUGCCAGUCUCAAUCAAUAAAAACAAUACACGCACACACAUAUACUACCCCCACAAGUCGUGCUAUACACAUUGACAGCUGAUUUGUAAAUAAUGCAUUUGAAAACAGCGUAAUCCCGUGAUUUGGUGCGAAGAAAAAAGCGAAAAGCGAAAAUUUGGUGGAUUAAUCAUACUCACAGUACGCAUAAAGCCCGAUUGUUUGUGAGGCAGUGGGAAGCAGCUGCAGGUCAAGAUGCUCAAUACCAAUCUCGUUGUGCCCGUGGUACUUUGGGGCCCGAACACACCAACACACUGUGUGUCGAGUGUGUUUCUGUCACGGGACCAGAAAAUCCUUGCGACGGGUUGCUACGAUGGUCAAAUUUGUUUAUGGCAGGUGGACCCGGACACGCUCCAGAUGACCCCGCGAUGUCUUUUGGUAGGACAUACGGCACCGGUGCUGUGCCUAACGCGAGCGUCCAUUAUCCAGGAUAACAACUUCCUGGUUAGCUCGUCGGAAAACGGUGAGAUGUGCACGUGGGAUCUGGUGGAUGGAAAGUGCACGGAAAGCAUCAAGAUGCCACAGGUGCACACCAACAUCCAGGCGUACCACAUGGCCAACUGCGAUGAUAUCCGUCUGUUUUGCAACGGUUACUAUGCGGAAAUUAUGGUGAUGGAUCCGUUCAGCCUGGAGGUACUGUUCUGCCUCAGCUCGAAGGUAAACCCGGAUUGGAUUUCGGCCCUGCAUGUACUGCGACCAUCGAAGCGCAAGGACGACGUGGUGCUGGCCAUCACCACCACCGGUACGGUGAAGGUGUGGACACUGAUCGGCAACGAGAACAAGUACUCGGAACCAAUCUACGAGAAUGAAUCGAAACAGAUACGCUGCCUGAACGCCAUCACGAUGAACUGUUGCUCGCAGAACCAGCGCACCGUGCUGAUUGUUUGCGCCAAGUAUUGGCAGAUAUACGAUGCGGGUGAUUUUACCGUGCUGUGCAGCGUAAUUUCACCUUCCGGCGAACGGUGGAUGGGUGGAGAUUUCCUCUCGAACGAUCGGGUCAUCCUGUGGUCGGACGAGGGUAAGGGAUACUUGUUUCGCCUGCCAGCGAACAGCAUCCCGGACAAUAAGGAUUUCCAUGGUCCAUCCGUUGGAAAGGAUUCACCGUUCCUGUACUGCAUUUUAUCGCAAACGGGGGAGAAGCCCCUGUCCUGUCCACCGACCAUGAAACUGGUCACCUCGAAUCGUAGCGGAAAGACACAGAAAUAUCUGCUACGAGGUGAUUCGGAGGGUUACGUGAAUAUCUGGGCCGUGCCCGAUAUUUCGAUGGAGCAGAUUAAGCAAAUUCAAACUCAAAAACAGCAUCCGGCAUCUCUGGAAUCAACUAUUUGCACGUCGCUCCUUGAAGCGUGGAACAAAAUGAACCCGCUGCCGGUGGGCAUACUGGACCAGCUUUAUCAGAACAGUGAGCCACUGAUUAAGCUAACCGCUAGCAUUUACUUGCCACAGCAAAGUCGGCUAGUAGUUGGCCGGGAAGAUGGAAGCAUCAUUAUCGUUCCGGCCACGCAGACCGUCAUGUUGCAUCUGCUACACGGCAACCACCAGCAGUUCAGUGAUUGGCCACCACAUCAAAUCCUAAACGGACACAGCGGGCGGGUAAAUUGCUUGCUGUGUCCUUCGCUGGCACAUUCACGGUACGAAAAAGCGCAUCUCGUAUCGGGUGGAGUGGAUUUUGCCGUCUGUCUGUGGGAUCUUUACAGCGGCAAUCUGAUUCACCGGUUUUGUGUGCAUGCCGGCGAGAUUACUCAGCUGCUGGUACCGCCACCGACGUGCAGCCCUCGCAUCCUCAAGUGCAUCUGCUCGGUGGCAUCGGACCACUCGGUCACGCUGCUCAGCUUGCAGGAGCGUAAGUGUGUAACGCUCGCCAGUCGCCACCUGUUUCCGGUAAUUUCGAUUAAAUGGCGCCCGCUCGAUGAUUUCCUCAUCGUCGGCUGUUCCGAUGGGACGGUGUACGUGUGGCAGAUGGAAACCGGCCAUCUGGAUCGUGUGCUGCACGGCAUCCUAGCGGAGGAGGUGUUGAACGCGUGUGAUGAGAAUAGUGGCGAAACGGGCAGCAGCACUGGAUCUACGUCGGAAAUGGGAUUGGCGAACCCGGCCGUUCAUUUCUUCCGUGGUUUAAGACAUCGAAACAUAAACGCAAUACGGCACGCUACCCAGCGCGGAAUUCAUCAGCUACAGCAGCUACACGCACACAACAAUCACCAUGGAGACUUUUUGAUGAAGAAUCGAAGCAGCCCACUGAUUAUUCAGGGUCUGCGAACCAACCCCAAAGACGCCGAAAGUCACAUCCUCUUCUUUGACAUCGAAGGAUUGAUAUUUGAGCUGCACGCGGAAGAGUAUGCCGCCAUGAGCCCGAACACGCUAGAGGCUGAAGGCCUCUUGAUCCCAACAGGCACGGAUACCCAUGCGUCCGAUGCAGGAAAGAAAAUAUCAGAUUUCUUCGGACGCGUGAAAAAUAAGGCUGGCGAUAUGGAGAAAAUACUGAAAGAGAAAGAUAAGCAUGGAAUCCUCGCCAAAAUGAAGGAAGGCGCAGAGAAUGUUCAAACAAAGGUGCAGGCAAAGCUCGACAGUGUGGUGAAAAAUGUCGGAGAAACCGAUUCGUCGGAAAUUGCGAAGAAAAUCGCACCCCGCAUGGAAGCGACCCACGUGAUGGAGGUCGCACAGCUGCUGUUGUCGUUAAUCCACUCCUGGGGACUCGAUCCACAUUUGGACAAAGUGUGCGAAACGCAACUUGGCCUGCUGCGCCCAAUGAUUCCCGUGUCGUUCGGUGUGCUGUCGAAGGGUGGCUACAUGUCGCUGCUGUUGCCGACCUGGCAAAACAAUAUCGUUAUCAAUUCCACCCCGGACGAGCUGAAGACGGUUGCGAUGACGGCGGAACAGUUCCGACGGGAGGGUUUGACGAAGUUGUUUACCGCACGGCUUCACUGGGAGCUAAGCACGACACUUACCUCCAACCAUCUGCUAGCCAUGGUGGCCAUGUCUAACACGCUGAUGUCGAUGAAUAUGGCCACGUUCAUACCGGAGCAGGAGCGUGCCCGGAAGCUGCACCGCCAAUCGACGCGCGCCACCUGGAGCAACGAGGAGGAGCAGGAGGAAGCGUUCACCCAGCAGCAGGCUCAGAUAAAGCAGGGCUGGAGCCUGCUGUCGACCCACCACUGCUUCCUGCUGCCGGAAAAGAUCGAUGCGCUCGAUGCGAACAACUUCAAGCGUCCGCAGGUCGAGAUGAUGGCUAGAAGAUGGCAGCAUCACUGUUUGGAAAUCCGGGAAGCCGCCCAACAGCUGCUCCUCGGCGAGCUGGGCCGGAUGGGCAAGAAGGGCCGCAAGCAGCUGGUGGAAAGCUGGGCCCAAUAUCUGCCCAUGUACACGCACACGGAACCGAUCGUGCAGCAGGCGCCAAGCACGGGACAAUCGAACGCCGGGUCGCCCACCUCCAGCCCCACCGGUGGUCAGCCGGGCGCACUCGAGCACGAAGAAGAGUCGGAAGAGGAGGAGGAAGUAGUCCGCAAACCGUCCAGCUUGGCCGAACUGAAGCGCAAACAAACGACCGCCGUCGUGCUGCUCGGUGUGAUCGGUGCCGAGUUUGGCCAGGACAUUUCCGCCACCGAUGGUAAGCGUAGCAACGAAAACCGUCGCAAGAGUUCGGUCGUCGAAGGGUUCGGCAUCGGCAACAAUAAUCUCGCCCGUUCCACCUCGAUGGCACUGACGCAUCUGCUGCUCGCUCCGGCAACACCGAAGCUGCCCGCCUUCACGCCCUUGCGCCGGGCGGCAAUCGAUUUGAUUGGGCGCGGCUUCACCGUGUGGGAACCGUACAUUGACGUGAGCAAGGUGUUGCUGGGACUGUUGGAGAUGUGUUGCGACUCGACCCGGUUAAUACCGAGCCUGAACUACAAGCUGCCGCUGACACCGCAGGCCGACGCAUGCCGGACGGCACGGCACGCGCUGCGGCUGAUUGCGACGGCCCGGCCGGCCGCCUUCAUCACGACGAUGGCGCGCGAGGUAGCGCGGUACAACACGCUGCAGCAGAAUGCGCAGGCGAUAAGCGUCCCCAUUACGCAGUCGGUGCUACACCGGGCCAAGCGGGAGAUACUGCAGUGUGUGGAAAUGCUCAUCGAUAAGAUGCAGACGGAGAUCGCCAAUCUGCUCGUGGAGGUGAUGGACAUAACGCUGCACUGCGUCGACUCGGGUGAUCUUAAAAACAAAGGGCUGGCCGAGGUUAGCCCGCUGAUGUGUAAAUUCAAUCAAGUUUCACACUGCAGCGCGUCGCGCCGUAUCGCAGUCGGUGCUAGUAACGGCCACCUAGCCAUCUACGAACUGCGCCAAAACAAAUGCCAGAUGAUACCGGCCCACACCAAACCGGUAACGGCGCUCGCGUUCAGCCCGGACGGCAAAUUUCUGGUAAGCUACUCGUGCACCGAAAACCGACUCAGCUUCUGGCAGACGAGUGCCGGCAUGUUUGGGCUCGGUCAGUCCCAGACCCGCUGCAUCAAGGGCUACUCAACUGCACCGAUCCCGGACAUCGGACGGCUCAAUCCGAUGCGGCUGGCAAAGCUGAUCUGGAUCAACAACCGCACCGUGACGCUAAUGCUGGCCGACGGAUCCGAAACGCGGUUCAACGUUUAAUUUAAUCCAUCGUCCUUCUCUAGCUCAAUCUGCACUUCCUUUUGCGGUUUUACUUAACUGGGGCGCUAAUUUGAAGGUGUGUGAAUAUUUGUUGAGUUGUCGGUAAGCUUUUUCCACCAUAAGUUGUAGAACUGUAGGGUUAGUAUUGAUUGUUUUUUUUCUUUAUACAAUUGUGAGGAUCGGGCACUAGUUGAGCAGUUAGAGCAAACCUUCUAGAAAAGGCCACGAUGGCCACAAUAUGCACUGUCAUGUCGUUGGCAGCGACAUUCUGCGGCACAGUGAAAGGUGAUGUGGCCCGGUUCGAACCAACGCGAAUCCCAGAUGGGCAGUGGUUUGCCAGGGAAUUGCAUUAACUAAAUGGGUACAAGAAUUAGGGUGCUAGUGAAGCAUACAGUUUGGUCGAUCCCUGCUAGUCCGAUUGCUAUUUUCGGCGAUCGACUUUUUGCAAACGUAUCGGAAACGGUGGUCAAGAGCAAUGGCCGAUGGCCGAUGGGAGCCUCCGUUGAUUCCAAUUAUGACACGAUCGACUUAUAUAAUUAUGCAAAUUAGCUUCGUGUAUUCCACCUUCCUUUCGUGGAUUUUAAUCUUCUGAUGCUACGAUAACCCAUUCUUUCUUUCGCGGCCGGGUGCGCGUGCGCUAGCCGGUUUGAUCUUCUUCUAGUUGACCUAUAUAAGUUUCUGGAGAAUCGUUCGAUUUAGCCCGGAGAGAGAUGUUUCCUGUGUCUUGCUUUUGGUUGUUGUCGUUGUUGCCCUGAUAAUACCCUAAAGGGAAUGGCACUGCCGUUCUGUCCGCUGCUCCAGCGGGCUGAGAACCGUGCCCCGAUCUGGACGACUUUGGGGAGUAGAUAGUGUGACCUAAAUCAUGUCAGGCCAUCGAUGGGCGGAUGGCAUUUUUGCUUUUUGUUACGUCCGUUGCUGGCCAAUCUGUUUUGCGCUUCCUCCCGAUUUUUACCCCAGAGAAAAAGUAUUAAUAAUGGCAGUGACCUCUGGCGGGCGGAUACGUUUAUUAUACUUAGGAGCUUCGUCGUUCGGAGGUCUUGUCUUUGGUUUUGAUUCGUUCCCUGCGCUGCCUCAUUGCUGUAUGGUGUAGCGUUGUACUGUUUUGUUGUUUUCUUCCGCGAAUCCAUACAUCAUGAGAUAGAAGAAUAGCAAGUUUAUUAAAAGGCUAAAUAAAAUUGAACUUACGAUAACUACUAACUAACCUAAUCGAACGUUAAACCCCCCCCCUCGCUGAAAGUGUUGAACGAUUCCUGCAAGGUCGAGCCGACCGUUAAGCAUACCCACGUUGAAAGUAUUACUCAAAGACGAGUAUAAUUAUAUACACACAAAAACACACACACACACGCAAUAAUAUGUAAGCAAAACCUGUGUAAUUUAUUUGUUAGCGUAUUGCAAAGUAUAUAAAACAAUAAAUCUAUCGAAAACGAGCAAGACAAUACAACGGC